AUGAGCCGCGUAGUGACGAUCGAGAAGUCCUCGACUGACCGUCAAUUAUCUCAGCAACUGUGUCGGGAGAAGUCGAGGGGCUACUUUUCCUCCAAUCGAACGUACGAUUUCCUUUAUGAUCCAUUGUAUAUUGUGUCAAGCGCAAAAGACCACACACAGGCAUAUAUUCAAGCCACCCUGAUUCGAAGCCGACUGAGAAAAGUUCCCAGAUUUAGAAGCAUGUUCAGUAACCUGAUUCAUUAUCCAAGAUAUUCUCAGUAUUGGAGCAAGUCUGAUCCUCUCCCACCAUUUAUCAGUCGAGAAUGGAGGGGACUUGAGAAGCAUAAAGAAGUCCUCUGGCAGCUUUCCACAAUGGGCACUUGUUUUCAGAUGCCUAAAGAAGUUUAUGAAAAUCCCGACGUUACUGGAAAGAAUCGCUAUAAAUACUUUGACAGGCCCUUCCUUCCCUUUUAUCAACAGAUGCCACUCAGUGUUGUUUUUGCAGCAACCAAGACAGAACCAUAUAUUUUUCCUCCUGUUCCUUCUAAGUACCCAGUCAUCCCUUCAAAAUCUACUGUGGGCACUCAGACUGACUAUAGAGAUGCUGAUGUUCAAACAGAUCCAUACUCUCCAGAAUAUGUAGUAUGCCAAGACACGAUCCCUGAGCUCUUAACCCUGGCUACUCUGACUUGGGGUCGAGGUCUCCCAGCAGGACAGGCUGAGGUGGAGAUGAUAGAACGAGCCAGGGAGAAGCGUGCUUGGGAAGCCACUCUUCCCCCUCUGGGUGACAUCCGCCAGUUUGAGAAGAGGAGGAAGAUGAUGAAUGUGAUGGAGAGGAAGGAGUGGGCCUUCAGAGAGCAGGAGAUUGAAAAACUGCAGGACUUUCGCCUGGAAGUUUUAAAAGAGCUGCUGAGGAGGCGUGAAGAGCGUCAAAAUGAACUGGACAUGAAGCACUUGAAUGCCCAGUGGAGUAAACUGCAGGAAGCAAAAGAAGCCAAACUGGCGCAAAUCCAUCGCACACAUAUAUCAACAAUCAGAAAGCUUGAAGGAAAGGGAAAGAAUAUAGAAGGGAAACUGAAAAAAAGAGAUAUCAUCAAGGAUUAUUCUGAUUAUGCAUCACAGGUCUAUGGACCUCUAUCUCGCCUUGGCCGUUUCCCAGACAACAACUCAGAGGACUUUGUAGUAAAAAACUACUAUCUCAACACCUAUGAAGGAUUAAUUGAACUUGAAUCAAGUCUUCCAGAUUUUGUGACACAACCGAGAAUCAGAACUCCAAAACCAAAAGUCGGUACCACUAAAUCUGGUUUUCUGAAGAGGGCAGCAAGACUGGACUAUGAGUUGGCAGAGGUUCAUAAGGCACUGUUGGAAAAGAAGAGCAAAGGUCUGGAACCAAAGAAACCUCUGCGCCUCCUUCAAAGAAACCCCAUACCUGAGCCUCGGCUUCCAACUCCAACCUUGGAAAUGAGUUCCAAUGAAGAAGAAGACAUAGAAAUGGCUGUGAUCUACCUUCAAAGCUUACUCCGGGGUAGAGUCGUUCAGAACAUGAUGUUUGAAGGAAAAGAAAAGCGACUGGAGUUGAUCCAGGAGCUGCGCACCAGCCACGCACUCCAAGAGGAUGAAAAACUGGUAAAGAAAGCCGAGAAGCAAGUGACCCUGGCCUUACAACGGCAGAGAAACUUGCACGAGCACAAGGUGUCACUGGUUGAAAACCAUUUGGCUGGGCUUGAAGGAAGGGCUCUAGCUGACAUGCUAGACUUCCUGUCCAAAGAGCUGGUGAGACUACAGGAAGAGAGGAGGAUCCAUGCCUUUGCCAUGUUGGCAGAGCGUCAGCGGCGGAUGCGAGAAGCCGAAGAGAGUGGUCGUCGCCAGGUGGAACAAAGGCGCCUGCGUGAGGAGGACCAGAUAUUUAAGGAGGUGGUUAAAGUUCAUCAAAGUACUGUAUCCUCAUAUCUGGAAGACAUAAUACUGAGUACUGAAGAAAAUACUGCAGACGAACAGGCCAGAAAAGAAAUUGAGAAGAUGGCUGAGGAAAUCAAUGACAUUGCUUAUGAAAUGGAAAACCGUCGAACAUAUCUUCAGUCAGAGGAGAUUGUUGCCGAGUUGGUUUAUAGUUUUUUGAUUCCAGAAGUGCAAAAAGAGUUUGUCAAAGAAAAAGUGAGGAAUGCACAGCGGAAACAUAUUCUUGCAGCCCAUCAGAUCAUCCAUCAGCACACAGAAGCCAUGGUCCAGCGGAAAUUUGUUGAGCGACCAAAAGAUGAGGUCUCAAAUGCUGACAAGUUACCCGAGGAAGGAACUCAAAAUAAGAACAGCAGCUAAGGUGAGUUUGAUUUUUCCAUUUGGAAAA